AUGGAGAACGAAGACGUGACUCCGGACAGUCCUCAGAACGAGAGUCUGAGCUACCUACACCACCAGACUCAACUCGACGAGAGAACGGAUACGGAGUCCGACGAUUCAAUGGAACCAGCAGAACCAUUGCCAAGAGUCCGAUCUCAGGAGAAAGAGUCGAGCCAAACAACGUCAAAGGAGACGCAGAAAGCCCCUCGCGAAAGAAGCCAAAGAAGCUUGUCAUACGUGGAGGCCCUCCGUCGCCGCAAAGAUAGAGGGCAGCCCGACUCACGCGGCCUCUGGGACUACUGGAACAACAUGGCGGCCAUGGGCGUCAAAUGA